UGAGGAGAAACUAUGGAGAGGAUUGCAAAGGAGUGUGUCAUUGUGAUUCAUGCAACCGAUUUACGGGAAUGUGCAUCGGGCCAUGCUCUGCGGGAUGGAAUGGUCUUAAAUGCAAUAAAGAAUGCAGUGGGGAAUAUUACGGGAUAAACUGCUCUAGUAAAUGUGGAGACUGUUUGAACUUUGAACAAUGUCACCAUAUAACCGUUUCUUGUUUGAAUGGAUGUGAUCUUGGUGUUUUUGGAGAAAAAUAUGCCAGUCAGUGCCCAGCUGGACAAUACGGAAGAAACUGUGUAAAGAUUUGUUCCCAGAAUUGUCGGUUUUUUCAUAAAUGUGACCGUAGAUCCGGUUCUUGUCAGGAUGGUUGUGAAAGCGGAUGGAAAGGGCUUAAAUGCGAAUCAGAAUGCAAUUCCAAUAUGUUCGGGGCGGGUUGUAGUAGACAGUGUGGACAUUGUCUGGAUAGAGCUCAGUGUCAUCAUAUAAAUGGAACGUGCCCCUCUGGAUGUGACGCAGGGUACACUGGUGAUACGUGCACUGAUGUCUGUCAGCCCGGGUCCUAUGGAGUUGGCUGUAACCAAAAGUGCAGUGCCUUUUGUUCCGUGUCAGGUAUUUGUGACCAUGUGACCGGAGCCUGCAAACAAGGGUGUAAAAGAGGCUGGAUUGGACUGGAUUGCUUAGAGGUAAAGGAGAAAGAUGAAAACAAUAUACGACUUUACAUCAUCGGAGGCACUCUCAGCAUCAGUGUAAUUGCUAACGUUCUUAUGUUAGUAUAUGUCAUCCACAUAAGAGGCAAAGUAAAACAGUUAAAAACUAUGGAUAAGUACAGAAAAGGUCAGGCAAACAGUAUGAAGACUACAGAGGGGAAAUAUGAUACAAUAAUACAUUCCUCAAACUCGGAUUAUCAGGAACUUGGAGUGAUGGGCCAACAACCUACAAAUUAGCUCAUGCUUCCUCUUGGUUCUACUGGCACAGCUGUGUUUUCUUGAAUAUUUUUUCUUAUUAUUCACAUUUUUAAAGA